GGAUACAUCGAAGACAAAGAAAGCCACAUAGGUACUCGCCUCGUGCCUGCGUUUACAUCGUCCUUUCUCGUUUUCUUUGUCCGUUUAAUCUCUCUCUCUUUCUUAAGGUUUACAUUGAGCAGGGCAGGAAACAAACUUCUUGUUGAAUUUUGCUUCUAUAUCCUUCUAUGUCCAACUCCUAAAACUCUACUGAGCCCUUCAUUGUUGUUAAGAUUAAAGACUCUUAGUAUUCCCCACUUGAAGCUUAAGCAAAAUUUCAAGCCAUUAUCAUUGUGUCACCACAGGGAGCAUUUUGUUUCCACUUUCCAGUUAAUCCUGUAUUCCAUAGGCUGAAGUAAGCUUCUGCUAAUUAGCAGGAGUUAUUGUUGGGUACCUGAGAAACAUGUUGAAACAAACAAUUGGCAGAAUUUGCAGAACCAAUGUUUAUACUUGUGAAGGAAACAGAGUUUUGCCUUGGAUUUAUGUGCCCUCAUGCUCCCUCCACAGUGGAAAAGUCCAUAGGGCACCUAGAAGCUUUUUUGGGGUAGAGGAUUUCCUUGAUGACGACAAUAGCCGACCUUACACAUACCAAAAAGGGAAGAAAUCAAAGAAUCCAAAUAAGCAUUUAUCAUUCAAACAAAGAACAAUUGCCUACAUGGAACCUUUUACUCUUGAUGUGUUUAUCUCAAAACGCUUUGUAUCAGCAUCACUGACUCAUAGGGUGACAAGCAAACAGGUUGCAGUUGCUGGUACCAACUCUAAGGACAUAAAAGCUGCUCUUAAGUCUCGUUCAGACAUACCAGCAUGCAUAGCCAUUGGUCGGAUUUUAUCUGAAAGAGCAAGAGAAGCUGAUGUUUACACUGCUGCUUAUACUCCAAGGGAUAGGGAUAAGUUUGAAGGAAAAAUUAGAGCUGUAGUUCAAUCACUUAUUGAUAAUGGGAUUGAUAUCAAGGUUUAUCUUGAUUGAGUCAUAUUCAAAUUUUUUGGGAUACUUCUAGUUAAGUCCUUGAAGCAAUCUAGGAUCCUUGUCCGUUUGAUCAUGCCCAUUUAGCUAGUUUUUUUCAUAUAAUAACAGGAAUAUCGUUAUUCGAAUUAUAGAUUUGGUAAUUGAAUUUUAUGAAUGAGUUAUGUCGUCCUAAUAAACCUGUUAAGACAAU